AUGUGCUCUGCCUUUAUAUGGUCUGGUCCAUCUCUUCUUUCGCAUAAAGCAAAAGUCUCCUGGAAUAUGGUUACUCGUCCGCUGAGUGAGGGAGGACUUGGUCUACGUCCUCUCAAGGAAAUCAAUAAGAUCUCGGCUUUAAAACUUGUAUGGAGGAUCCUUUCUGCUCACGACUCAAUGUGGGUGACGUGGACUCACCAGAAUCUGAUUGGCAAGAACUCUUUCUGGUCUCUCAAGGAAAAGACUCAAGCUGGCUCUUGGAUCUGGAGGAAACUCUUAAAGUUAAGACCAGUGGCAAAACUUUUCCAUCGCAUGGACAUUCGCAGUGGUUCGGCGACAUCGUUCUGGUUUGAUCAUUGGUCAUCUCUUGGACGUCUCGUUGAUAUUCUGGGUCAGAGGGGAUAUAUAGAUCUUGGUUUCCGAGAGAAUACAACAGUGGAGAUGGUCCUCAAACACCAUAGACGCAGGCGACAUCGAGUUGGGAUUCUGAAUCAGGUCGAGGAUGAAAUAGAGAAAUACAGAGCCAGUGCAAACUACGAUCUGAAAGAUGUAGCACUCUGGAAAUGUGGUCACGAAAAAUUUAAACAGAGGUUUAGAUCAAAAGAUACAUGGCUGCAAAUUCGACAGACCAACAUUCGAUGGGGCUGGGAGGAAGUGGUCUGGUUCAAAUAUGCUACGCCUAAGUAUUCUCUCUUCCACUGGACGGUAAUGCACAACAGUAUCUCCACAGGGGAUCGUAUGAUCAAAUGGAAUGCAAACGCAAAUCCAAGUUGCGUGUUCUGCAAUCAUCCUCUUGAAACAGUUGAUCACCUCUUUUUCAGCUGUCCAUUCUCAGAACAGAUCUGGCAAACCUUGAUACGAGGGCUCUUACGAGAUCGGUACACCACGAAUUGGCAUGAGGUCCUUAGCCUUGUGAAAGAUAGCUCGCAGGAUCGGAUUUCUAUGUUCAUCCUCCGUUAUACACUCCAAGCUACCAUGUAUGGCAUUUGGCGAGAAAGGAAUGACAGACGGCAUGGAGGAAACCCCUCCCAUCAGGCUCGACUUAUCAAGCUCAUUGACAAGACGGUUCGAAACAGGCUGAGUGGUAUUCGAACUCAGGGCGAUCACACCUACGACGAUGGCUUAGAACUCUGCUUCUCGACGCGAAGCUAA